AUGGCCCGCGAUCAUUCCUUCCGGGCCCUCAUCCUGGCCGCCGCAUGCCUUGCUGAGAUCCUCGCCUGCGCGUCCGCCGACCCCGUUGUUCUGGAGAGGAUCUCCCAGACGUACCUGCCCUUCAAGUUCUCGCCCGCCGGCGACCCCAUCUUCUGCCUGGGCGAGGCUGCCGCCGAGCAGCUGGUCUACGACAGCAACGCGCAGGUCCUCUACGUCGCGGGCAACAAGUUGCUCAGGGUGCUGGACAUUGAGGACCCGGCGAAUCCCAGUACAGCCAUUACAGUUGAUGUGCCCGGCGAGGUCACUGAUGUGUUCUGGUGCGGUGACUACGUCGCAGCCACCAUUCCUGAUGAGCCAGCAGCGCUCCCAGGCUCCGUCUUCAUUUUCAGAUCAUUCGACAGGACCGCUCCGGAGGCCGCCCUGGACCUGCUGGCCAGAGUCCAGACCGGCGCCCUGCCCGACGCCGUCGCCUUCACCCCCGACUGCGCCAAGAUCCUGGUGGCCAACGAGGCAGAGCCCGCGACCGUGGCCGACGGGAGUUUCUUCAACCCCGAGGGAUCGGUGUCCGUGAUCGACGUCGCGGCCGCCGUGGCCGCGGCGGAGGCCGGCGGCGACACGCUGGCCGCGGCCAAGACCGUGGACUUCAAGUUCGUGAAUGACGAUCCGGAGAGCCUCACGGAGGCGGGCGUGCGGUGGGUGUGGAGGGGCCAGGGGCUGGGCGGGGAGGCGGACCCCGAGGGGGAGACGUUCAGCAAGGACCUGGAGCCGGAGCAGAUCGUGACGUCCAAGGAUGGCACCAAGGCAUACAUCAACCUGCAGGAGAACAAUGCCCUCGCUGUGCUCGACCUGACUUCGAUGACCAUCGAGUCCAUCCGGUCCUUUGGGGUAAAGGACUUCAGCGCAGAGGGCAACGAGUUGGACCUCGUUGAGGACGGCAAAGUCGAGCUGAAGAGCUGGGCCCUGUCCGGCCUGCUCCAGCCGGACGUCAUCAAGACUUUCGAGCAUGAUGGGCAGGUGUACAUCGCCACGGCGAACGAGGGCGACAUCAAGGAGUACGGCGAGGACCAGAACAUCACGGAGUGGCUGGAGAGCCGCGAGGGAGCGGAGCUGGCGGGGCUGACGACGGACAAGGUGGACAGCGCCGUGGCCGAGGCGCUGUCGGACGAGGGCGAGCUGGCGGCGGCGGUCUUCACCGGCGUGGAUGGACUGUCCGGGGAGCAGGUGGACGGGAACGACACCUACGACGAGCUGUUCCUCUUCGGUGGCCGCAGCUUCAGCAUCUUCCUGCUGGAGGACAUGAGCCUCGUAUAUGACAGUGGAAGCGAUUUCGAGAGGGUUAUUGGGACGUACUUCAACUGGACUUACAACACUGACGACCCGGCCGGAUGGUGCACACAGGCGCCCCCGCCUAUGGCGGAAUCAGCAUUCCCCAACGCCGAGGCGCUCAUGGACCCAGACCAGCUGGAGGAAGUCAUCAUCAAAGCGGAGGAAGAUGCUGCGGCCUUCGCCCAGAGCCCCGACCCGGAGGCGGAGGGGUUGGAGGAGCCCAGCAACGCCCUCACCUCCAAGCCCUCGGACACCUUUGACGUGGAGUCUACCAGCAAGGGCCCCCAGCCUGAGGCCAUCGAAAUCGGCUUCUUGGGUGACAGGCGCAUACUCAUAGCCACCGUGGAGAAGGGCGGCGUUCUGUUCGUGUACGACAUCUCCGACCCCGCCGCGCCGGUUUGGCAGUCCGCCGUCUACCCGGGCGCCCACGGCUCCACCUUCGCUGAGCUCUACAACUCGAUGACUCUUGCGGACAUCGAUCCUGAAGGAUUGGGCUUCAUCUCCGCGGAGGAUAGCCCCAUUGACGAACCUCUCCUGGUGGUUUCGGGGGCGGUGAGCGGCACCGUCUCCAUCUACAAGAUCACCACCGCAGAGAUCGAAGACGAUUGCCCCGCUGGGGAGCCCAUAUUCGAGGACGACGGCAAGAAGGCCACGCUCAUCUCGACCACCACCAACUGCUGA